CGAAGAAGGGAACUAACCUUUCAAAAGGUGGAAUUAUUAGUCUAAUUGGACCACAACCCAUCUCUCCCGCCGCUGAGUCCAGUAUGAAGUCUCUCAUGGUGUGGAUGUGCGUCUGCAUCUUAUUUCUGCUCCUAGAUGAGGCAGCGAGCUCUUUGGAUGGCCCCUCAGCUUUGUCUGUGUCCUUGGCCAGCGGUGCUCCAGGAUCUCCAAGCACCGGGUCUGAGCCUGGAGCUCAGCCAGAAGUGGUGGAUUGCAUCCAGGCAAGUGACAUGUGCAACCAGAACCCUUACUGCAGCUCUCGGUACCGGGUGAUGCGCCAGUGCCUUGUGGGCAAGGAGAAGGAAGCUAUGCUGGAUAACAACAGGGAGUGCCAGGCUGCCUUGGAAGUGCUGCAGGAUAGCCCUCUGUAUGACUGCCGCUGUAAGAGAGGCAUGAAGAAGGAGCUGCAGUGUCUGCAGAACUACUGGACCAUCCACAUGGGACUUACUGAAGGUGAGGGUAUGGAGGACACAUCUCCGUAUGAACCUGUCACACCCAACUGGCACCCUGACACGUUGCGCUUGGCUUCCAUCUCUUCAGGUAUGCUCACAGUGGCUCCAAAAGGUUUCCACUGUCCUGACACUGAGAGAAACUGCAACCCCUGCCUCGAUGCUGUCAAAGCUUGCAACCUCAACAGCAGCUGCAAGAGGCAGCGUUUCACCUACAUCGCUACGUGCAGCAAAGAGGACCCCAACAAGGGCGAGGCCUGCAGCAAGAAGCGCUGCCACAAGGCACUGAGGUUGUUCCUUGACCGUGUGCCUGCUGAGUUCAGCCACCGGCUGCUGUUCUGCCCCUGCCAGACUGAGGGCUGUGCUGAGCGGCGCAGGCAAACGAUUGUGCCUGAUUGCUCCUAUAACGAUAAAGAGAAACCUAACUGCCUGGAGCUACGGAGGAUCUGUAACCAGGACACACUCUGCAGGUCCAGGCUGGCUGAUUACAUAGUGAACUGCUGGGAGACUGCGCACACAGGGAGCACCUGUCCCAACCAAGACAAUCAUCAAGCCUGCUUGGCCUCCUAUGUUGGUCUCAUCGGGACAGACAUGACUCCCAACUAUGUUGACAGCAGCUUCUCCUAUUGGACCGUCUCCCCAUGGUGCACCUGCAAGGGCAGUGGAAACCAGGAAGAGGAAUGUCUGAACUUCCUGCGGUACUUCACCGACAACACAUGCCUAAGAAAUGCCAUUCAGGCCUUUGGUUAUGGGAUAGACAACAGGCCGAACAAAAAUGAGUCUGUUCCCGGCCCGUCAGCGACGUCAGCGAAGAUGGUGCCUGGUUGGUCAACCGUGACCUCAGAACGUUCCUCCGUCACUAUCCCUGAGUAUUCUGAACCAAUAAACGGUGGCCCGAACCUGGAAGAGGAUCACUCUCCUUGUCUCUGCGCCAACGUCUGGGCUCUGCUUCCCAGUCUGGCUUUGGCUCUGGUCCUGGCCCAGCAUGCCUUAUAGAAGUGCCAGGAGGAGAAAAAAAAGAGGUCAUCCACCCACAAGCUGAUCCCAAAUGCAGAAGGUGUUAUUUCUGAGACUGAUAUUAAGAAGGCUGAAGGUCUCUGGGAAGAUGACGUGAAUGGCAUUUAUGACAGAGGAAAACAAAAGAGUAAGAGAGGCGGGAAUUACUGAAAUUUGACAACUGUGAAUUUGUUGUUCAUUUGAUGUGUUGUUACGGGCAGACCACAACUGUGAGAGAGCACAUGGCUUCACAAAGGACCCUUGGUGUGAGAGGGCACGAAGAACAUUUUCUGGGAACAACUCUCCCUCUUACUGAGACACUGGAUCCAGGAGGACUGAAGCCGCUCUUGUCAAAGACUUCUGCACUUUUCUCACCAAAGGAGGAAGAGAGGAAAUAAACAACAUAAUUAAAAGACAACGGGAUUGACAGAAAAGAAAUUGUUGCUGGGAGAAAAGGAAUGAGCAUGAGAUAAAUGUCGUAUAGUGAGAGUGGAAAAAAAAGGAGAGAAACACAUUGUUUUGUCUUGAAUUGGCUCUUGACUUAAUCUUCUCUUGGACGAACGGACCACAAAUUUAAGGGUGGGGAUGGGGGAUGAUUACAUUCUGUCUCUUCAGCACUAGUGUAAACUCUAAACUGUAAAGCCUACUCAGUGUUCUAAGUGUUGGUAUAGUAUCCGUGACCAUAAUCAAUCUACAGUACAGAUCUUUCAUUUGGGUGCUACAGUAUACUUCUUAAGCAGGCGGUGAAAAGAACUAAAUUCGGCGAUGUUAACACUUGAUGGUUCUAUGGUCAUUUAAGAUGUUGUUGUUGAUGACUGUGGGUGUUCGCCAUGUUCACCUGCGCAUCUGUAUAUUUCUGGCUCUAUGUAUAUAAACGACACUUCUCUUUCAUUCAAUCUAAUGAUAUCUAGUACCUUGAAAGGACGUUAUUGUUGACCUAUGGGUGGUUCUGUACUGGUACUGACGAAGGCCUCCAUUAUCUGCAUUAUCUUUAUAUUUGUCUAAUAAGGUUUGAUCACAAAGAAUGUAUACAGGGAUGAGAUUAAACGAGCUCAAACUGCUUGGAAAGCCAUAAUCUGUGUGUCAAUGUCAAAUUGUGUUUACGGAGUGUGUGCACGCUCACUUGUCAUGAUGUGCAUAUGUGUUUACACGCGGGGCAAAAGUCAGUCAUGUGAAGGUUGUGGAGGUUGAAUUAGCCCCCUCAGAGUGCAAAGGUCAUGAUGCAUAUUAAUUAAUAGUAAUUAGGAGAGAGUAAAGUCAUCCUCAAGGUUUAAAGAGUGUUUAUGUUGCAUUAUCCCAACAAAAAGGAACUAGUUCUGUUAUUCCAAAGUGUAAUAGUCUCACAUUGGUUAAAUGUGAGAUUUCCAAAUGAGUUAAUAGGAUCGUGAUUGAGAGGGACUGUAACAAUUUCAGUAUUUGUACAUUUACGUCAUUGCAAACUGGGCGUCUUUGGUGAUAUUUGUGAGCAUUUGUUAUUGCAGAAAAUCCUAGAAAAUGAAGUGUGUUUGAGUGUACAAAGCAACAGCCAUUUUUUUUUUGUUUGUUUAGAUAACGAUGGUUGACAGGAUGCUGGAAGCAUUGCCUGACUUCUUUACUACCUAAUAAUAGUUUGUUUUGAUGCCUCCAGAAUGAUGUAACCUAGACAGUAAAAUACAUUUGUUACCACCACCAGUUACUACAAGUGCUGUCAAAAUGUUUGUCAGGAACACUUGACAAUCGCUUUUUAACUUAUAGAUGUGGUACGUAUUGUAUUGCAAGUGGGCCUUACUGUUGCAGAUAACUGUCAAUGCAAAGACUAGACAAAUCCUAUCCUAUCCUAACCUUUUAAUGUCCUCCCUAUUGACUUGCAAUUGGUUCACGUAGGUAAAUUUGAGUUGGAACCUUUCCAGAGGCAGGUUUCACUGUUUUGAACCAGGGGGUCUGAUGUGUUUGAGAAUGUCUUUCUGUGUAACUCAUACUAUCAGCAUUCAACUUACACCACGCUUUUUAUUAUUUUUGCAAAAACAACAUUUUAAUAUAGCACACUAGCAAACAAGAUGAGGUACAAUCAAUAAUACUGGGCCAUAAUCACCGAGUAUGAAUAGUAUUUUAUCCAUAACGCAUUGCGUUUCGUACACUGAGAAAAACUUUCAUUGGCAUGUUUGCCGAUGACAUGGAUUUUUGUUUUUUAUGUUGAUGCUUUUUUUCCCCCCAUGCAGUGGAUGAAUGUUGACUUUUACCUCAUAACCAGUAUUUCCCCAAAAUGCUUAUAUCUUCAGGCAGCACUUCAAGUAUAGUGCUGUGCCACAUAAAUGCAUGCUACGGAAACCGAACAGCCUUAUAUUACCGGCUGAUUUACAAAAAAAGGUUUACUACUGUCAUGGGUCACAGAUGUAAAAAUUAAACUCUGCUCAAUGUGUUAUUGUUAACUGUGGUUGCGGUCAGGUCUGGCAGAAAUUACAGUGAUUUCCUCAAAUGGGUGAGUUUACAGCUCUGGGCCUCGGAGAAUAUAAAAUGUCAAAGACUUGAA